CCAUCAAUUUUUAUAUUAAUGGGUAUUUGUUGAGGGUCGACAGGGUUUACACGUUCAACGUUUUGCCUCUUCUUUCUCUUUCUGCCAACUCAACAAGUCCACCGUUUGAGCAACAAAACCUUUCGGUGCUGGAGCUUCCGUGGAGUCUUCGCGAUCAGGUUCCUCCUCCGUGAUGGUUUAGUUUGUGAAUUUUGGGGAGAUUCGUUGUCUUUUGAAUUGGGUUUCGUAUGGCUGUUCGAUCAGAGGAAAGCAACUUCUAGAUGUUAUUUGUCUUGGGGAAUUGGUAGUUUGUUUUGGCAAAUUCUUGAUGGAGAAGCUACUCUGCUUCAGUACUCCCUGCUUGAAGCCAGUGUCCAGAAAGUCAUUCCUCUUGUAGCUCAGGUCAAGGAAAAGGCCACAGAGGUAGCAUCAAGUAUGGUUAUAGCCUAAUUAAAGGGAAGGCUAAUCAUCCCAUGGAAGAUUACCAUGUCGCAAAGUUCAUGAAGGUAGCAGAUCAUGAGCUUGGACUGUUUGCCAUCUUCGAUGGCCAUUUAGGGGAUGAUGUGCCUGCCUAUCUCCAAAAGAAUUUGUUUACUAACAUCCUAAAGGAGGAAGAGUUCUGGAUGGACCCAAGUAGAUCUAUUGCAAAAGCCUAUUUGAAGACCGACCAAGCAAUUCUUUCACAGAGUUCUGACUUGGGAAGGGGCGGGUCUACUGCUGUUACAGCAAUUCUGAUUGAUGGCCAGAGGCUGGUGAUAGCAAACCUUGGAGACUCACGAGCAGUUCUUUCAAGACAGGGUCAGGCGAUACAAAUGACCAUAGACCAUGAACCCAACACUGAACGAGGAAUCAUUGAGAAUAAGGGAGGUUUUGUCUCAAACAUGCCAGGGGAUGUUCCUCGAGUGAAUGGACAGUUAGCUGUGUCUCGUGCUUUUGGGGAUAAAAGCCUUAAAUUACAUCUGCGCUCAGAUCCCGACAUUCAGGAGGCCGCCAUCGAUUCCAGCACCGACAUUCUCAUCCUCGCAAGUGAUGGCCUUUGGAAGGUACUGUCAAACCAGGAGGCAGUUGAUAUCGCCAAGACAACCGCAGACCCACGAAAGGCGGCGAAGCAAUUGGUUGCAGAAGCGUUGAAGAGAGACAGCAAAGACGAUAUAUCGUGCUGCGUGGUUAGAUUUGGGGGGUCAAAGCUGUAGAUUGAAUCCGUGUUUGGGUUGCUGGGUAUAGUUGAAAAUUUGAAAUAAAGAGUUUCCGAAUCAUGCUGAAGCUGGCUGGGAGUACAACGCAAUUGGGAUGAGCAUCGCCCUCGCACGCGCCCUCUCCCUCUCCCUCUCAAGUUCCUAUCCAUUAAUGCAAAUGCGACUCCAACAACAUUGCCAGAACCCAGAAAAGAAUAGCAAAGGAAUAAUGAAAAGCAUCCGCCGCCGUAUAAAAUUUCACUUUUUUUCCUUGUUAAAGUUCCUUUGAACGCGAUGUGUUUAGUUUUUAUUAAUUGUGAGUAAAGGUUAAUAAUAAACAAACAAACAAACAAAAAACUGCCUUUGUUGAUAAAAGAAACUACCAGUGUGGUUAAGUUAAAUUUUAGGGACAAAAAACUAUUCCAUUCCAUCAAUUUCGAUUUCAACAA